CGCCCGUAGCGACGCCCUCUUCCCCAUCCUGCUUUGAGAGCCAGCCAGUUCUGCUGCUCCCAGUAAAUGAAUGGCAAAGGAGGAGGAAACCAUGGCAGAGCCCUCCCUCCUUCCCUCCCUCCCUGUGGGGCGUGGGCUGCAGGCAGGCCAGCCUGGCCCUUGAGCAGGCUCACACCUCCUUGUGCCAGCAGGGUUGCUGCCUGCCUGCUUACCUGCUCCAACUCCUCUCCUGCCAAAGCCACCCACUCUGCGACCACCUGGACUGGCGAGCAAGCAGCAAAGAAGGGGAGAAAGAAAGUAAAGAGAUAAGGAAGGAGGGCAGAAAGAAAGAGAGAGAAAAAAGAGCGAAGCACCAUCCUCCCUUUGGCCAAGGAAGAGAGGAGUCUUGGCACCUGCUUCCCUUGACCCCCUGGCAGCCAGGUAUUUCCACCUUCAUCCACCUUCAGAGAGAAUCGGAAAUGCAUUCACUGUUCAAGAAAAGAAACAAAGGGAAAUACAGUCCCACCGUCCAGAAGAAGAGCAUCUCCAGCAAGGAAUUGUCAGAACUGAUAGAGAAGCUGCAAAAAAAUGCCGACCAGGUGGAGAGAAACAUUGUGGAGGCAGACACCAAGAUGCAAAAUGACCUCCACAGGCUCAAGGCCGGUCAGUCCCCUCUUUAUCAGGACCAUACGGCGGACAAGCUGAUCGAAUCGGAUAAGCUCCUCUACGUCUUGGAUGGAGACGCGGCCAUCGCUCGGCACAUGAAACAUCCCCAGGGAGACAUGAUCACGGAGGACAUCCGGCAGCUCAAGGAGAGAGUUAACAACCUGCGAGUGAAGCAUGACCAGAUCUACAACUUCACGCCACAAGAAAUUGAGCCUCAAGUCAACUGGUCCACAGUCAUCGAUGAGAAACAGGAAACCUUGAACAGCAAAGGCUUUGGAACGGACUUGCCGUCCGUCAACGGCCAGGUGGAGGAGCACAACAUCUUCCACAAUGAAGUGAUGGCGAUCGGCCCGCACAUCAGCAAGGAAGGCAGCCACGCGACACCGGUGUCGGAUGAAUACACAAGCGGACUCCAGGUGAAAUACCAGAAAUUGCUGUCAGGAUCCCAACAGCGGCAGCAGGACCUCAAUUCGCUGCAGGACUACAUGCAGCGCUGCACCAACAAGCUCUACUGGCUGGAUCAACAAGCCAAGGACCGGAUGCAGUACGACUGGAGUGACCGCAACCUGGACUACCCCAGUCGCCGGCGCCAGUAUGAGAACUUCAUAAACCGGAAACUAGAAGAAAAGGAGGCGGCGAUUAAUAAACUGCAUGAAGACGGCAACCAGCUGUUGGCUGAACACCAUCCUGGGAAGAUCCCCAUUGAGGCUCACAUCGAGGCGGUCCAUGCCGACUGGAAAGAGUACCUCAACCUGCUCAUCUGUGAGGAAAGCCACCUCAAGUUCAUGGAGGACUAUCACCAGUUCCAAAAGGAUGCUAAAGAUGCCCAAGAACUCCUCAGGAAAGUAGACACAGACCUGGACCAGAAAUACAGCCCGGAUUUCAAGGACCGCUACCAAAUCGAAUCCUUGCUGCAGGAGCUCGAGGACCAGGAGAAGGCCUUGGACAAGUAUGACGAUGUGGUGAAGUCCCUGCAGAUGCGCAGCCAGCAAGUGCUGCCUUUGCGGUACCGCCGGGAGACCCCCCUGAAGCCCAUCCCAGUGGAAGCCCUUUGCGACUAUGAAAGCGAUCAGUGCCAGCUCUCGCGUGGGGCUAGAUACAUGUUGCACAAGAACAGUGGUGACCUCUGGGAGGUGACGGACAGCACCGGAAAUGGGAUCAACGCUCCCGGCGUCUGCUUCAUGAUUCCCCCGACAGAUCCUGAAUCAUUGACCCUUGCUGACCACAUUGCUGACCAGUAUCAAAGUGUGAAACAGAAGACAGCUGGCACAAAGAAGCUUCUGCAGCAGAGAUAUGAUACAUUGAAGGCUGAUGGCGCAGGAGAUGCAGCCUGUGUACAAGGACGGCAACUGCUGGCAGGACUGGAGAAAGUGAAUAAUGAGCUGGACAAGCAGGAGAAGGCCAUCACGGCCAACCUGCGCCCGCCACUCGAGCAAAGUCGGGCAAUUCAGGACAGUGCGGAGCGGUCAAAGGACCUCAAGAACAUCGCCAGCGAGGUCCGCCACAUCGAGCCAGAGAAAGGCCGUAGGAUCCAGGAGUGUGAAGCCUUUGUGGAAUCCGUGCCUGACGCAAGCAGCGCCGCGUUGGUGAAAACCAAAGUGGAGGAAACAAACAACAAGUACAACCACGUUGUCCAGCUUCUGGGCGCUGUUCAGGAAAAAGUCGAUGUUGCCCAUCACCUUGAGAAGAGCCUGCAGCAAGGCAGGGACCUGCUUUCCGGAUACGAGAACAAACUGGCCAUAGAGGACACCGUUCCAGAGGACGUCCGUUCCCUGGAGCGCAAGAGCGAAGAGCUGCUGGCUUUGGGUUCCGAGUUGCAAGCCCAGCGGCCCUUGCUGACCGAAGCGGAGCAGGACCUGCAGAAGGCCAAAGCAUGUGCCGGCACCCUUGCAGCCCAGUUCCAGGAGCACUGUCCGGACAUCGAGCGCCAGGAGGCCGAGUUCCACAAGCUCAACCAGCGCUUUGGCAGCCUCAGCAAGCAACUGGAUCACAGAUCUCAGAUACUCCAGAGAGCAAAAUCGGCCUAUUCCAACUACCGCAGCGGCUACGACAACCUGAGCCAGUUCCUUUAUAACAUGCCCAACUAUGAGCCCCAAGAAACGGACAACAUCGGCCAAGUGGAAACCAAGCUAAGGAACCAAAGGACCCUUCUGGGAGAAAUCGCAAGCAAGGAAAGAGAUGCCCAGAAAAUCUCGGCAGAGGCUCAACAGUAUCAGCAGGCAGUGAAGGAUUACGAACUCGAGGCAGAGAAACUGAGGUCCAUCCUUGACUUGGAAAAUGGUCGCAAUGGCUUCAUGAGCAAGAGGCCCAGGCUCCAGUCCCCAGCGGCUAAAGUGAAAGAAGAGGAAGCCGUCCUGGCUGCAAAGUUCACGGAGGUCAAUGCUGUCAAUCGGCAGAGGCUGCAGAACUUGGAGUUUGCCCAGAAUCUCCUGAAACAACAACCUGACGUUCAGUUGAUGCAGGAGUCUGUUCAGAGCAGCAGGUCUGAAAGGCCGCUAGAAGAAAUCUGGAAGUUAAGGAAGGAGCUGGAGGAUGAAAGUCAGCGGAGACAGCAGCUGGAGGAGGAAAUCAAGGUCAUUCAGGAAAACAUCCUCCUCCUCCAGAACCAGAAGCCGCAGGAAAGCCUGGUCACCAAGGAGGUGGUGAAGAAAGUGCCCGACCCACAGCUGGAAGACAGCUUCUACAAGAUGCAGCAAAACUUUGCGGAAGAGCAGCGCAAGAACCAGGAGCUGCAGAACGAACUCGAAGCCCUGAAGCUCAAGCUGCGGACCCUGGAGCAUGAAAAGAGAGAAGGCGCGCAGGAGUACGUGGUCAAGGAGGUCCUGCGGAUUGAGCCGGAUAAAGCCCAAGCCGAGGAAAUCCUGAAGCUGAAAGAAGAAUUGGAGGACCUCAGGAGGCAGGAAGGAUCCCGCCAGAAUGACAUGCUCCUCUUGCGUCGCCAAAUUGCUACUCUCUCCGACGAGAAGAAUAAGGAGCAGGAGAAGGUGACUGAAAAGGAAGUGCUGAAACUGCAGAAUGACCCUCAACUGGAGAGCGAAUAUCAGCAGUUGCAGGAGAGCAAGCAGCGGGAGAGCAGCCUAAGGCAGCAGCAGGAAGAAGAGCUCCGUUUCUUGCAGGCCAAACUGAAGCAGCUGGAGAAGGAACGGGUGAUGGCUGAGGGCAAAAUCACGGUGAAGGAGGUGCUGAAGGUGGAGAAGGACCUAGCGACGGAAAGGGAGGUGAGCGAGCUGCGGCGUCUGUAUGAAGAAGAGAAAGCCAAAGGCCGCUCUCAUGAGAGAGAGAAAGCCGAGCUGCUCAGAAAGAUCCAGGUGCUGGAGCAAGAAAAUGCCAAAGUGCUUGUCCAGGAGAAGGUCCGGGAAAUUGUUCGACCAGACCCCCAGACUGAAAACGAAGUGGCUAACCUUCGCCUUGAGCUUGUAGAACAGGAGAGAAGAUACCGGGGCGGAGAAGAGCAGCUGAAGAGUUGUCAGAAUGAGCUGGCUGCUUUGAGGAACAGAGGACCUCAAGUGGAAGUGCAGGAGGUCAUUAAAGAAGUCAUUAAGUACAAAACUGACCCAGAGACGGAGCAGGAGCUGCAGAAUCUCAGAGAUGAGAUUGUGGAUAGGACCAGAGCCAUUGAGAGAGCAGAUCUGGAGAUCUAUCAGCUGAAGCAAGAAAUCCAGAUGCUGAAGGAGGCCAAACCUCAGGUCCAGAUGAAGGAAGUGGUUCAGGAGGUGUUGCAGUACCGGGAGGACCCCCAGACAAGAGAAGAGGUGGAAUCGCUGAGGGCUCAGCUGGCUGAAGAACAGAAGAAGCACAUGGACCUGGAGAGGGAGAGGCAGAUCCAGGAGGAGAGGAUCCGGGAGAAAGAAGAAGAACUCUCGCAGGUCAAGGAGAAAGUGGUACAGCAGGAGGUGGUGAAAUUAGAGCAAGAUCCGGCCUUGAAAGCUGAGAUCAGCUGCUUCUCGCAGAACAUAGAGAGCGAGCUGCACCAGAUUGACUCGCUUCGGAACGAGAUGCGGAAACUGCAGCGGAGGAGGUCGGAGCUGGAGCGUCAGCUGGAUGAGCUGGAGAAAGAGAGGCAGGCCCGCCGUGAAGCAGAGCUGGAGGUGCAGAGGCUGAAGAUCAGGCUGAGUGAACUGGAGGAGCAGGAGAAAGAGACGACGGAAAGAGUGACCGUGAAGCAGAAGGUAAUCCUCCAGCAAGACCCGCAGCAGGAGAAAGAGCAUGCUAUGCUCAAGUUGGAACUGGAGGAGGAAAAGCAUAAGAGGCAAGUUCUGCAAACCGAGUUAGAAGCCCUGAGGAAGAAGCUGCAUGCGCUGGAGAACAUGGAAGUCAAGGAGAAAGUGGUCUUCUCAGAGAGCGUCCAAGUGGACAAAGGUGACACUGAAUACGAGAUUCAGAAACUGAAGAACAACCUGGAGGAGGAAAGCCGGAGGAAGAUGGAACUGGAUGCAGAUAUCAGUCGGCUGGAGGCCAAGUUAUCUGAAGUGGAGUUCAACAACUCCAAGUCUUCCAAGGAGCUGGACUUCUUGAGGGAGGAGAACCACAAGCUUCAUCUAGAGAAGCAAAACCUGCUGUUGGAGAUGAGGCGGCUGCAGUCCGAGAUCGAGCUCACCAUGGCAGAAGCCCGGGACUUGAAGAACAUGUCACAGGUAGAAAGCAGCGGAAGCCUUGACUCUCGCUUCCAGACCUUGGAGAAAGAGUUGGAAGACCUGAAGAGGCUGUCUCGAGAAAAAGAUAAUGAGAUUGAGCAGCUUCAAAACCGUCUCCAGACAGUGGCCAUCAAGAGGGAGCAGAGGGAGAAUCACUUGAGGCGUUCCAUCGUGGUCAUUGAUCCCGACACCGGGAGAGAGAUGUCUCCUGAGGAAGCCCACCGGUUUGGCCUUAUUGAAUGGGGCUUGUACGUGAAGUUGAAGAACCAAGAAUGCGACUGGGAAGAGAUAACCAUGAAAGGGCCCACCGGGGAAUCUUCCGUCAUCCAUGACAGAAAGUCGGGGAGGAAGUUCUCCAUCGAAGAUGCUUUGAAGAGUGGAAGACUAACAGAAACUCAAUAUGACAGCUAUCUCAACAAGGAAAUGUCUAUCCAGGAGCUGGCAGUCUUGGUGUCUGGACAAAAAUAAAUAGCACCAUCCGCAGAGGGAUGAUGUGAGAGAGCACUAUUCUUAAGAAGCUGGUUUAGAGAUCAACAUUUGUUACAAAUGCAAGACUUUUACUUAUUGCUUCCCAAAGUGAUCUGCAUGCCAGAAACCUAGCACUUGGUUUCAACAUUAGAGUGCAAUCAACCUGCACUCAAUUGAUUUCCCUUAAAAUCCAGGGAAUCCUGCCAAACAUAUGGCCAAUGCUGCAUUUUGCCAAGAUUACAAGUUAGUUCCCACUAGCAAUGGAUACCCUGUGCAUUCAUGGGAGAAACAAAACAAAAAGCUGGUCCCUUGAUGUGAUGUCUGUAAUGGACUCGUUUGGCAUCAAAACUCGUAAAGCCUUUAUCUAAAAAUUAGUAUGCGAUAUGGCUCAAAAGAUGUUAGCAAGUAGAGUUUAUGCUUUCAGGUCAUAACUCCACAGUUUUGCCUCUGGGCUUUAAAAGGGCAGUGAUAACGUUCCCUUCCCAAUGCCAAAGAGUGCCUUAUUUCCCAUGUUGCAAUUAUAAAAAUACAUGUGCUGGUGUUGUGCUUAGUUAUAUUUGAUGGUAUGUAUUCAAAUACUUAUUGUAGAAGGGAAUGGGAAACUUUAUUUAUACCCCCAAAUAAAAUGACGAUAUACUUGAGGAAA